CUCUCUUUCUCUCUCUCUUCACACACACACACACACACACACUUUCACUGAGAAAGACACGAACACUGAACAGGACUCCCUACCGUUAUUAUGGCGCUCGAGAUAAGACAGGUCCAGCUCAAUGUGAAGGAAAACAACACGGCGCACCGCGCACACGAAAUCAGCGUCAAGCGUUUGAUUGUGCGGCGCGGCCAGAGCUUCCAGUUAACGCUCCACACCAAUCGACAGUUCCAACCUGACACCGACACGCUCCUUUUUACCGUGGAGACAGGACCCUGGCCAUCAGAGGCAAAGGGCACACGCUGUCUGUUUGGCUACCCGAAGCCAACCGAUGCAAAGGUGGCGUGGACAGCGCAGGUUCAGGAGAGCGACCAAUCGUCCACUACCAUGGCCAUAAGCAGUCCAGCCGAUGCCAGUGUGGGCUCCUACAACCUGUCUAUGAGGGUAGGGUCACAGGAUGCCCAGCCACGAAUCAUCACCAGCCUGGUGCUCCUCUUCAACCCCUGGUGUGCAGAGGACUGGGUGCACCUCCCAGAGGAAGCAGAGAGGCAGGAGUACGUGAUGAGUGAACAGGGCCUCAUCUACAGAGGAUCUGAUAGCUACAUCAGCCCCGUGGCCUGGAACUUUGGACAGUUUGAGGAGGAUAUGGUGGACAUCUGCUUAAAGCUGCUGGACAUGAACCCCAAGUGUCUGAAGGACGCUGCGGAGGACUUCUCUGCCCGCUGCAACCCCAUCUACGUAGGGAGGGUGGUCAGUGCUAUGAUCAAUGCUAAUGAUGACCGCGGCGUCCUGGCGGGUCGCUGGCAAACGCCGUACUCUGGCGGAGUGGCCCCCACCCACUGGAACGGCAGCGUGGACAUCCUGCGGCAGUGGUACAAGACCUCCUGCUCCCCCGUCAAGUACGGCCAGUGCUGGGUGUUUGCUGGGGUCAUGUGCACAGUUAUGAGGUGUUUGGGAAUCCCAUGCCGUGUGGUUACCAACUUUGAUUCUGCGCACGACACCGAUAAAAGCCUGACCAUUGAUGAGUACUACUCUGACCAUGGGGUACGACCCAAGGAGAGCCACGACAGUGUGUGGAACUUCCACGUGUGGGUAGAGGGGUGGAUGAAGCGUCCAGAUCUCGCUGCAGGGUCUACAUAUGAUGGCUGGCAGGUGCUGGACGCCACCCCACAGGAGAAGAGUACAGGAGUGUACUGCUGUGGUCCAUCCUCUGUGAAGGCUGUUCUGGAGGGACACACUGACCUGAAGUACGACGUGCCGUUCGUCUUCGCUGAAGUCAACGCCGAUCGAGUUACGUGGAUGCUCAUGAAAGACGGCUCAAAGCGGAAGCUCCAUACUGACUCCAGAUCAGUUGGCCGCAACAUCAGCACCAAAGCUGUGGGCAAAGAUAGACGAGAGGACAUCACAGCCAACUACAAAUACCCAGAGGGAUCUAAGCAGGAGCGUCAGGUGUUUGAGGAAGCUCUGCGUAGAGGAAACGAGCGUCCACCAAUGACCAAUGGCACGGCAGAACCAGAGAGGACGGCCAUAGUGACGCUGAAGAUCACGGAGGAGAGCCAGGCAGUCAUGGGGCAGGACAUCGUGCUGUGUCUGGUCCUACGCAGCGAGCAGCCGACCUCGCAGGAGCUCAACGUCCAGCUCAACGGCCAGGCCAUGAGGUACACAGGUGUGCCAGACAGCCAGGUGUGGUGCGAGGAGAAGGACGUCGUGCUGCAGCCCAAAAAGGACGUUAAGAUUUCUAUCCGGAUCCCGUUCUCUUUGUACGGGACCAAAAUGCUGGACAACAACAGUCUGAAGGUGUCUGCAGUGGUGCAGGACAAGCAACACCCAGGAGACGGCUACCUAGCUGAGAAGAACAUCGUGCUGAAGGAGCCCUCACUCACCAUCCAGGCACCCAGCACAUGUAACCAGUUUACGGAGGUCAUUGCCGAGGUCGUCUUUCUCAACCCUUUACCCAGCACACUCAGAAAUGGCGUCCUCACGCUAACAGGCAGUGGACUGUUGGAUCACACCGUGGUGACCAGUGUUCCCGUGAUGAGGGAGAACCACCGGAUGCGUAUCAAGAUCCCUUUCACGCCCUACCGAUCCGGCUCCAGGAAGCUGGUGGCUGAUUUUGACUGCAGUGCGUUUAGAGACCUCAAGGCCAGCUGCAACGUGGAGGUCAAACCUUUCCUGAAUGGACCAGUUGUGGACUACAUCACAGAGAUGUGUUAAAAAAAAACAACGCAAGUUGUGUUAUUUUCAACACAUUUUGUAUAACAAAUAAAAAAGGAAACAACACAAACUUGUGUUGUCCCUAUCUGGACACAGAGAUGUGUUAAAACAACACAAGUUGUGUUAUUUUCAACGCAUUAGUUUUAAGCCUCCUCUUUUAACCAAUAUUAUAACUGCACUGACACGUUCUGUCAACUGCCCACGAACACCAGCGGCCAAAAUGUUCAGCUGACAAGCAUUUACAACAACUUUUACUUUUAAUUUUAAUUAAUUAUACCCUAAACCCCACCCUGUAACAUACUGUUAGCCAGUGUAAGGAUUUAACAGUGUGAACCAUUAUACACCCUAAACCCCACCCUGUAACAAACUGUUAGCCAGUGUAAGGAUUUAACAGUGUGGCUGACGUGUUCCUUCCCAGCGAGAACUUGGGAACUAGCUGAUGCUGUUUUGAUUUGAGUCUUCAGAGAGUUUAUAUAAAUAAAUUGUCCUGGCCUCUCCUUGCCUUUCUAGGCUUAUCAUCUACAUCUGUAGGAUAUACUUAGAUGUUGAUGUGAGUGUGUGUGUGUGUGUGUGUGUAGCUCGUAGCAUUAAAUCCAGGCUGAAAACAUUCCCAGUUGACCAGCCUUUCAUCUCAGUCUGAGACAUUGUUAGCUUUAUUGCAUUUACUUUCUGUUACAAGACAAUACAAGCAAAAGAACAAAUAAAGAGUGCUCAAAUGAG